AGUGGGGGGGUGUAUUGGAGCUACUGGAACUCUCCUGUUUGUGAACAGAUGAGCCUGUAACAGUAGGGGGCUGAUUCAGGUGUUAUUAGAGCCUGGGGAGAGUCUGUGUGUGGGGUACUAUACAACAGAGGGGAACAACAGUGCACAGCAAAGGUAAAAGGCCUUUAAUCAAUCAGCGGAUGUUUGAAAGCAGGGAACAGUCGAGAAAAAGCAGGAUGUGAAUGGAGGCAGCCUGCAGUUUGUAUAGGAGGUUAUAAGUAGAGGAGCUAACUGUGCCAGGAAUACGGAGCAGACCUCAGCUGUUGCACGGGCCUAGUCUGAUCCCAUUUUUCAGACCUCACCUCCGAUUUCUUCUCAUUGACCGCCCUUCUUGUUGCCUCUACCUGAUCGCUCGUUUUCCUUUCCGGAGCCAUGCAUCCCCAGCGUCCUCUUCCCCAGGCCAUGCCCUCCUCCUCUCUAGGACAGCACCUGCGGGACAUGGCCAUGGGUCUGGGACGAGGCAAAAAUGUCCUCGGAGGAAACUUUGCCUACGGUGUCAUCCAGUCCGUUAAGGAGUGCCUCUAUUUCCUCCUCUGCUGCUGGUGCAUCAAAGAGAUCCUGGACUGACAGACUAAGAGAGAGAGUAGAUCAAGUGGUCAAACAUUGAUUUUCCCCUUUUCUCCGUUGGCUGCUAUAGUGUAAUUUUAACCAGCUUUUCUUUCAUCAUGAAUGGAGUGUUUGAUCAGCGGUGCUGGCAAAGCAUUGGCAAGUAUGAGUCUUGUCUCAUAUGACAACAGACUACCACUUGAGCACAUAGUGAACUAAAAUCUUUCUAAUUUAUAUAAUGCAAUUUAUGUUGUCUACUGUUUGAGAUUCUCAAUUUUUAGAGAGCAGCAGUUUCAAUGAGGAAUAGGUUUACUAAAUCCUAAAACUAUUUAAUGUGUUAAAAUAUUUUAUAUAUUUGUUUUUCAGUGUCUAUAGGAUUCUCUUCUUGGGUUCCAGGAAACACACUUGCACAUUUCCAGAUGCUACAAAUGUUUAUUGCGAGACUUGGUCAGAGUUUCCUGAAUUCAACCCUGCUGAUCUGAGAUCUUGAGGAAAGGCACCCCUGAUGUUCACUGUACAACACAAACUGGUGUGCAAUGAAUAAAGGAACUAAUGAAUAGAAAAAUAUUA